UUUCACUCCCAUAAUUUUAAUCCUCCCUUAGGAUGUUCCAACUACACAAACCUUAACGAGUCCAACAGAGCAUUGACAUAUAACAGAAGUAUUUCUUACCUAUGCAAUGCAAAACUUAAUGGAUGGUACAGAUUCACUGGAGAGGCUGGAAUGCAAAUGGCUGACUCUUGUGUCAACAUGUAUCAUUGCGGGACCGAGUCACCUGGAUGGCUGAACGGAACUCAUCCCGACUUAAAUGAUGGGGCCGUUAAACGCCAAGUCUGUUUUAGCUCUUUUGACAACUGUUGCCAUCAUUCAAAUGAAAUAACUGUACAACAUUGUGGAGCAUUUUACGCUUACAAACUUGAAGGACAAUCCCAUUGCAAUCUGCGGUACUGUGGAAACGGAUUGCCAUAUGCACAAGGUAUUAACAAAAAAUAAAACAACAAUCGUUUUAUUGCAAUGUUUGGCAGGCGUAUUUUCAUGCAUUUUCCCAUGAAUUUUCAAAAAUUCAUGCCUUGUUUUCCUAUGAAAUUGCAUUUUCUAGCAAAAUAAGAAUUAAACACUAAGCAGUUUUUGAGAAAAUAAUAUAUAAGCAACUAUGGCUCAUAAAGUAGUAACUAACGCUGAACAAGUAGACAAGAAUUUGACAGAUUGUACUAGUACACGGAGUUUUCCUUUCUUUCAUAGAAUGUUACAAUUACAAAGUCCUUAACGAGACCAGCAGAUCGAAAACAUACAAUGAAUCUUAUUUUCAACGUCAUAGUAUGCUCUCGACCGACUGGUACAGAUUUAGUGGAGCAGCUGGAAAUCAAAUGGCAGAGUCUUGUGUUGAUAUGGAUCAUUGUGGCACAUUUUACCCUGGUUGGCUCAAUGGAAGUCACCCUACAGUAAACGAGGGGGCUGUUCAAAGAAGAGUGUGUUUCAGGUAUUACAGCGACUGUUGUUCUUUUUGGACUUACAUCAGAGUGCGUAACUGUGGAGGCUUCUACGUUUACCAACUAAAGCCGUUGACUAAAUAUAACUCACGUUACUGUGGCAACGCAUAUGUAUCAUCGACAUCAACGACGCCAGGUACACUUUUUCCUUCUUUCUGUUUU